AUCACGACCUAAAAACAGGAAGCAAAGAGACAUGCUCAUGCAUCUAAACGAAGACGAUCGAACAGAGCACAAUAAUUAUAGUGUCUGUAAAUAAUAAAACAAAAAGCUUUCCAUCGCAGCCUUCAACGCACGCGAGAGGGGACAGCCUACCGCAGCGAAAUCACAGCUGUUUAAAGAGUCGUGGAUGCAUUUGAUCAAUCCAAACACACUGGGUCUGUGUUGAUAGCAUGGGACAGCACCUGGCGAAGCGUGAACAGCAAACAGAGAACAAGCCUCCCUCACCAGAAGCAGAAGCAGAAGCAGAAGCAGAAGUCAUGAACCCAACCGAGACAGAAACCCAGGAUGAGGUUUUUGGCGAGGCAGAUGUGAACCAGAACAAUGACCACCCGUCCAAGAGGCCGGCGGUGACUGACUCCACGGGUGCGGAGGCCCCCGAGGAGGCCUGGAGCGGUGCCAGCGCAGCUGACCCGGGCGACGGGCCCCGCCCCCACUUGGUCCGCCUCUUCUCCCGAGAUGCCCCGGGCCGUGAGGACAACACCUUCAAAGAGCGCCCCUCGGAGUCCGACGAGCUGCAGACCAUCCAGGAGCACAGCGGAGCAGGCACGGAGAGCGGCUCGGAGUAAGCAAACCCCAGGCAGGACGUAGACUCAUAAGCGCCCCCCAGGUCCACCCUCAUACGCUUUGCUAGCGCUCUUUUUCGUUUUUCUCUCUCCCCCUAGCCGACAGCUAGCUCGUUUUUGUUUCCUCCCCUCUCUUCCUCAUCUCUUUCUCUAAACGAACCCCCCUUACCAACCAGCCAACAUGAGCUCUGGAACCUCUGGACAGGCAGCCUUCGGCCUCGGCCGGAAAAA